AUGGCUAAUUGCGAAAUUCAGUGUCUUUUUCAGUCAUUUCUUCAAUACGCUGAUUGUAAAGUCUCCGGUACAAUCGAAUUCUUUGGGUUUUAUAAGCAUAAAAUCUCGUCUACGGAUAGCUGUGGAAAUUAUCGGAUCCACACCGGCGAGAAACCGUUCAAAUGCGACCAUUGCGGCCGCGCUUUUCGUCAGCCGGGUAACCUUACGCGACACCGGCUUACCCACACCACGGUUAAACCAUACGUAUGCAUUCACUGUGACAAGGCAUUCAAUCGAGCGUCAAAUCUUCACACCCACAUGCGAACACACUCGGGAAAGUAA